UAAAAGCAGAAAAGAAAGUUCCAUACGGCACCGGAGCCGAUGAUGUGUGUGAGUGCGAUUGCCGCCGAGACACGCAUGGGACCGGAGGCCGGUCCGGUGGUGCUCUGAUUUGCUGAUCGCGCAGAUCGUGCGUGCGGAGUGUGUCCACUUUGUUUCUCGACGCUUCGCCGUUCGCAGUGAGUCACACGUGGCCGAUAAGGAUUCCCAACUUCUCCGCAGCCAAAGUGGACGAUCGGACAACACGAACUUUGUACCGGCACCGAUCGAUAGGCUGCGAAUGACGGGAGGCACGGUAAAGAGUUAAUAAAAACACAUUUCUCACGGAAACAAAGCUCAGUCGCUGGUGAAACAGCGUGGCGCGAAUCACAACGCUCCAGACACACUGACACACUUUGGUCCGCGAGGCUCACCAUCAACAGAGAUCACCGGUUUUUGGUCGCACCCUCGCCCGGGAAACGUGAAAAGUGUAACAGAUCAGUGUGGAAACGAUUGUUGCUCGGCAUGAUGCGCACCUCCCACGAUAUACUGUCCCGACGGCGACGGUGGUGGUGGAUUGUGUCCGUUCUGGUGCUUCUGGCUUACCCCGGUACGGUUGCCGGUGAAGGUUUGUUCGACAAUUUCCUCAACCAGCUUAUGACGACGGCGGCAACGGCACAAAACUACCUCGAAGUGGCAUACGACGAUCAGCGCCAAGGUCGGGGCACCGAACCUCCUCCGGCCCAGGCAACACCGUCUGCCGUCCCGUCCGAUUUUGAUCAUCCGGAACUUCCGGCUACGACGCAACAAACGGUACCGUUUGGCGGUGGCAGUUCCACCACACACGGUACGCGUGCUCCUCCACUGCCGUUCUGGAAUCCGUUCGUUUGGUUGCGCCCAAAAUCGCCCGCCAUUCCGUACAAUCCCGACACGGACCUCAGCACGCCAGAAAUUGCCGUCCGUCACGGGUACGCGGCCGAAUCGCACACUCUCAAGACGGGCGACGGAUACUUGCUGACUGUGCAUCGGUUACCCUGUGGGCGCGCGGGAUGUGCGGCACAAGGUGGCAAAGGCACCGGCCAGCCUGUGUUCCUGCAGCACGGCCUACUCUCCAGUUCCGCCGAUUGGUUGCUCAGCGGGCCAGACCGAGCGCUCGCCUUCAUCCUCGCCGAUGCCGGGUACGACGUGUGGUUGGGAAACGCACGUGGCAACACCUACUCCCGGAAGCACGUUGCAUUCAGCAGUGACGAGACCGCUUUCUGGGACUUUAGCUGGCACGAGAUGGCCAUGUACGACAUUCCUGCUGAGAUCGACUAUCUCUACACGAUUCGGGGACUGGAACGCAACGACACGCAGCGGAAUCUGCUGUACAUUGGCCACUCGAUGGGCACGACGAUGAUCUUUGCGCUGCUGGCAAGCCGCCCGGAGUACAACGAGAAGCUAGAGGCCGUGUUCGCGCUCGCUCCGAUUGCCUUCAUGGGUCACGUGAAGAGUCCCAUCCGGCUGUUGGCACCGUUCUCGCACGACAUCGAGAUGAUUCUGAAAUUUUUCGGCGGAAACGAGUUCAUGCCACAGAACAAAAUCAUUCGUUAUCUGGCCAAGUACGGCUGUGAAUUGACCGAGGCGGAAAAGUAUAUCUGCGAAAAUACGGUGUUCGUGCUGUGCGGCUUCGAUAGGGAACAGUACAACGCCACCCUGAUGCCGGUCAUUUUUGGCCACACACCCGCGGGAACUUCCACGAAAACUGUCGUACACUAUGCACAGGAAAUCCACAACGAGGGCAAUUUCCAGCUGUUCGAUUAUGGCGAAAGUGAAAACCAGCGACGGUACGGGCACACGACUCCACCGGCGUACAACCUGGACAAUAUCUCUACGCCGAUAGCGUUGUUCUACGCGAACAACGAUUGGUUGGCAGGACCCAUGGACGUGGCCAACCUCUUCAGCAAACUGCACCGCACGUCGAUCGGCAUGUUUAAGAUUCCGAAUGACAAUUUUAAUCAUGUGGACUUUUUGUGGGGCAAUGAUGCACCCGAAGUAGUGUAUAAAAAGCUUCUGAUGUUGAUGCAACGAUACAAAUAGUGCGGAAGUUGCACACUGCACGAUGGCGUAAUGCCAUUUGCCAAGCUGCUUGCGUAGAUCUUUAAAAAAUGAUAAUAGUGACUGCAUUUUCUCUAAGACAUAUACUAAGGCUCCUAAUAAAUUGUAUGUUU